AUGAAGUUUUCAUUGCUCUGCUUCGCCUUGGGCUUUGCCUCAACUAUAUCCGGACUGGGCGAGGGCUCAAGCGAGAAGGAGAACUCAUUGCGUGAUCCUAAAACCAACAAACGCGAACGCUGUGGUGUUGUUCCAUUCGGCGAUGCGAAUAAAGAAACCGUUUGGAUGAUUUGGGCGGCCACGGAGGCAGUGGGCUUAAUCCUACCCAAGGGUGGAUGGGAUACAGUUGAGGACCACAGCUGGGAACAGUGCGCAAGUCGUGAGGCCAGGGAGGAAGGCGGGUUUCUAUUUAACCAUCUCAAAUACCUCGGCUAUAUUCAAGGUGUUCACUGGUACAGCGGCGUGGUGACGGAAACAGUCGAACGUACCGACAAGAAGGCAAAAGAGCGCCCCAAACCAACACUGCAAACAGCCAAAUCCGCAGUGAAGCAUCUCACGGGGUAUGGAGACAAAAAGGACUAUAUGCUGGCAGCCUUGCAGGCGGCCUUAAGCCCGUCGUUUAGACUUGUGUAG